AUGGCGGCCUACGAGGCCCGCGCUCCUCUGCACUGGGAUGUAGAGGAAUGGGACUUCCAAGUCUGGUCGGAGGACGACGAGUCCCUGACCGAUGGCGAAGACCUCCAGUUCCUCCUUGACGAGGAACUGGAUGAAGAAGACGAUGACUCCUGGGAUGGAGACUUCUUCUCCUCAGAGGAAGAAAUCGAUAAUAUCAGCGAGUCCGACGAUGACUCCGAUGACGACUCGGCAGCGGGAGGUUGGCUGCGUGGCUGGCCUUCGGAAGAUGACGAGGAGUCUGAUGAUGACUCCGGCGACGAUGACGAUGACGGAGAUGACAGCAAUGAUGGCAACAGCGUCGGCAAUGACGACGAUGAUGACGACGAUGAUGACCACGAAAGCAGUGACGGCGCGCCUCCUCCGGCGAAGCGCCGCAAGGUCCACGGUGUUUACCGGUGGUAG